GAGGAUGGGACGGGCAAGAUUUGAUCAGCUUCGAUAAGGACCACAGGGUGUGGGUGACCCCAAUCCGCUGGGCAGAAAGCAUCAAAAACAGAUGGGACCAGAAUCUGGUGAUGAAGCAGAGGUGGAGUGCAUCGAGUGGCUGAGAAAAUACCUGGAGUACGGACAGAGGGAACUGAGAGUCGUUGCCCCCAUUGUGUCCUUUAUCCGUCUGGGUGAUUCUAACCGGCUGUCCUGUCUCGUCACUGGGUUUUACCCACGAGCCAUCGAGGUGACUCUGUGGAGGGACGGAGUGUUGAUCGAUGAGUCCCUGUCCACAGGGAUCUUACCUAAUCAUGACAGGACCUACCAGAUCCGGAAAUGGAUAGAGUUUGAUCCGGAGGAUCAGGCCGAGUAUUCCUGUCAGGUGGAGCGCAGUGGAUUGGAGGAGAAACUGGUGGUGAUUUAUGAUGCUGCAGGCCAUGAUGAGAUUCUCCAGCAAUUUCUAUUUUGUUCUCUGUCUGGUCUAGAGUAUCUGUCUUUCAUCCUCCUCUUGCUCUCGUGUGCUCUCUCGCUCAUACACUCUUUCUUUCUUUUACAUCUCCGGGUCAUUUUCACUCUCACUCCUGUUCUCGCUCUCACUCAUUUCUCUUGCUCAUGCUUUCCCUCUUGUGAAUUUCUCUCUAACACUGUUUCUCUCACACUCAUGCUUCUCACUGUCUUGCACACUGUCUCACACUCGCAUUUCUCACUCUCUUGUUUCUUGCUCUCUCUCUUUCACUCUGAUAAUGAGCAGUUUCUAAUGCCUCUCUUUCCAUUUACAGCUUCUGAUGAAAGGACAUCCUCAGACAGUUCUGCCAUUUCCUGAGCUACCUGAUGAAAGAGCAACGCUCCGAAAGAUAGUGCUUCCAAAUAAAUGUGCUGGUCCAUAA